CGAAAUUCAGUUCAUAGUGAUCUAGCCAUGGCGAUCAAGCAUAUAGCAGUAGCCUUUUUCUUCCUCCUCAUGGCCUUUGUUGAGUGUAGCGACGGGGGUGAACCUGCAUCUUCUCGAGAAGGUUUUGGUGCUAGUGCUUAUAAGGUGGAUUGGAACCAAGAAGAUGCACCUUCCAAAGAAAAAGGUUUUGGGGCAAGUGCGUACAAGGUGGAUUGGAAACCAGAAGAUGCACCUUCUCAAGAAAAAGGUUUCGGGACAAGUGCUUAUAAGGUGGAUUGGAAAUUAGAAGAUGCACCUUCUGAACAAAAAGGUUUUAGGGCAAGUGCUUAUAAGGUGGAUUGGAAACCAUAAGAUGCAUCUUCAAAACAAAAUGGUUUUGGGACAAGUGCUUAUAAGGUGGAUUGGAAACCAGAAGAUGCACCUUGUAAAUGUUUUGGGGCAAGUGCUUAUAAGGUGGAUUGGAAACCAGACGAUGCACCUUCCAAAGAAGGAAAAGGUUGUGGGGCAAGUGCUUAUAAGGUGGAUUGGAAAUCAGAAGAUGCACCUUCCGAAGAAAAAGGUUUUGGGGCAAGUGCUUAUAAGGUGGAUUGGAAAUCAGAAGAUGCACCUUCUGAAGAAAAAGGUUGUGGGGCAAGUGCUUAUAAGGUGGAUUGGAAACCAGAAGAUGCAUCUUCUAGUAAGUACUUGUGCUACCUGAGUAUGUCAAAAAUGCGUUAGUACUCAAUGAACUCAUUGUUUAUUAUUUCUUGUAGA